AUGGAAGCCUUGAGUGACGACAGCACAGUCAGGCAGCUCUACAUGUUCUGGGAACCCAUCCUCGGCAGUAGGUUGGAUGUCUGGGAUGUGUGGGCCCUCCAGUUUGCUGUUAUGUUCUGCCUCGCGAUUCAGCUGAUUGCCUCUUUCUGCAUGGGAGUGUUCCUAGUGAGCACUCGCAGUGAACUGAGGCUGAUCAGAGAGAGCCUUAGGCAGGAACGACAAACGUACCUCCAUACUGGAGUGGUGACGAGCGACAGCCCCAGAAUCUUCUCGAUGGUUCUUCGAGAAGGUCUGCAAAGGGACCAUAACAAAGUUAUGGACCAGAUUAGGCUGCUCGGCAAAGAGUUGGAGGAGUACAAGGAACGCUUCUUGGCAGUUCAGGGACUCCUCGUCGUCAUAAAGGACCACUCGGCGCCGCUCCUGAGGACUGUCCCCGACUAUCUUCAGCAGAUCCAGAAUCAUCUGGAUGAUAUCAAGGACAGCUUUGAUGAAGGGGUCGCUAAGCAAAUGGAUGUCCUCGAAACGCGCUUGAUCUCCUUUGAACAAGAGUUUGCGAUGCAACGAGACAAGAUCCCUGAAUCUAUCAAUAAACAGAACCAGGCUGUUGAGAAGAUCUGCAUUAACACGACGGUAUCUAUGACCCAGACCCAGAGCACCAUCGACAAUCUAGCUACGGCAGUGGAGGAACUCAGGACGUAUGUUCACGACACUAACAGCAUGUUGAUAGAGAUGUCCCGCCACUUCUCAGCCACCACCAUCGUGAUCCAGCAGAACCAGGAGGCCAUGAACCAGAAAAUAGAUAAAGUAAACGGAAGGCUCCUGUCCCUCCGCGGUAUGCUCGAGGACAGGUCUGUCACAGGGCCGGCUGAAGAAGAAGAACCCACACAGGACACAUCGGCACCGGCGAGCUCAGACCAUACUGAGGUGACGGAGCCUACGGAGGUUUGUCGGCGCCCGCUGAUCACGCAUAUGAAUUCGGAUUGGAGGCAAAUACCGGACCCACGUUGUCACAAGAUCCCUGGAUGCCUGAUUGAUGUAGGACAGAGGCCCCUCCUGUUUGACGCAAGGCCCUGCCUUAUUCCGCCUGUGGUACAGGAGCAAUGGAUAUGGAUAUCUUUGCGGUACCACUGA